AUGGUCAAGCUCACGCAGCAGCCCUGGAAGGGCAUAUAUGCACUCGGAGCCGUUGGAUUCGAGCUCCUACGUUUCCCCUACUUUGUCGUCGCUUAUCUCGUUGCCUCGCGUCGCCAGAACCCGACGUGGUCGUUCCGCCAGGCCAUCGGCGUGCGCUUCUUAGCCUCGGCUCUCUGGCACGUUGCCACGCUGCAGCUUCAAGAGCCGCUUCCGCUCACCCCCGGUGCAGAAAAAGAGCGGUUCGUGCUGGUCAAGCCAGGAAAGGAUGAGGCGUACAAGGGCCCGCUGAGGAACAGUAAGGACGUGGUGCCAGCCGAAAUUGGCGGCACGUGGUAUCCCGCGCCCUUGACGCCGGGCAGUGACAAAAGCAACGUCAAGGUGAUUCUGCAUACGCACGGCGGCGCAUUUGUUCAUGGCGACGGAAGGUCUGGCGCCACGGGAUUCCUAACGAGCUUGUUCCUCAAGCACACGCCCGCAACGCAUGUGUUUUGCCCGCAGUACCGCCUGGCAAAAUUGCCUGUUUCGUCGUCAUCGGACCCGUUUCCGGCCGGCCUGCAGGACGUAGUGACUUCGUACCUCUAUCUCGUCCAUGACCUCAAAGUCCCUGCCGAGAACAUCAUUGUCUCGGGCGACUCUGCUGGCGGCAACCUCACCAUCUCUCUGCUGCGUUACAUUGCCGAAUUCGGUGCCGAAGCUGGACUCCCCAGCCCCGCGGCUGGCCUUCUUUGGUCCCCGUGGAUCGACACGUCGGAUAACAAGGCCGAAUAUGCGCGCACCAACAGAAACUACAUGUCCGACUAUCUCUCCCCGCCUUUUACCGUCUGGGCUACAGAAGCGUAUGCGGGGCCAGCUGGCGAAUCAGUCUUGUCGCAACCCUAUGUCUGCCACAAGAAUAGCAUGUUCAAGACCCAAGUUCCCAUCUGGAUCAACACGGGAGGUGCCGAGAUACUGUACUUUGACGAUGUCGAGUGGGCUGAGCAGAUGAAGAAAGCGGGUAAUAAUGUUGAGUUGGAUAUUGAGGACAACGUGCCUCAUGAUAUCAUACUGCUGGGUAAUACGCUGGGCUUUGAGAAGGAGGCUGUUGGUAUGGCUGAGAGAGUGGGAAAGUGGAUAAAGGAGUACUGGGCGUAG